AUGUAUACUAAGUUAUCUCAGAAGUUAGAGCGUACAAUUACAGAAUAUGAAAAUGCUACAGAUCCUGAAUCAACAGAAAUUGGAAAAGAAUUUGCUCAAUUGCAAAAGACAAUGUAUGAGAACAAAGAUCUUUACGCAUGUAAUGAGGGAGCUAAACCAAUCAAUCGUUUAAAAAAUCGUUACAAAGACGUACUUCCAUACGAUAAAUAUCGUGUUAAACUAGACGUGAUUGAGAAUCUAGAUGGUUCUGAUUAUAUCAACGCAAGUUAUGUAGAGGAUUUUCUCGAUGGUAUGCAACGAUAUAUUGCAGCUCAAGGACCUAUAGACGAGUCAUUAAACGAUUUUAUCCGUAUGAUAUGGGAAUUGCAAGUGACAAGUAUUAUAUGUAUAGCAAAUGAAAUUGAAGAUGGACGACGCAAAUUCAAACGAUAUUGGCCAGAGGACGAUAAUCCAAAUCCACUUAUUGCCGGUGACUAUCAUAUUAGCAAGGAUACUUCAUCUGCAAAAACGUGUAAAUGUGCUAACUAUGAAGUGCAACCAUUAACAAUUAGUCGUGGAUCCAGUCAACGUCCUGUAUUAUUAUAUCACUUUUUAAAGUGGCCAGAUCACGAUAUACCCAGUGGAGAAGGACCUAUUCUAGAUCUAUUAGAACUUUUACAUAAAGAUAGGACUCCUCUAUCGCCUGACACUCCGAUUCUUGUCCAUUGUAGCUUGACUUUUCAUUGUAGUGCCGGUUGUGGUCGUACUGGAACAAUUAUAGCCAUUGAUUUGUGUCGUAUUUUAAUACAAGACAGAGUAAAAUAUUCAUCUUCCGCAACGAUAACAAAAAAUCCAGAUUUAAACAAUGUUCAUGAACCAUCCAUUGCACCACCUCCAGUUCCACCUCGUAUAAAACAAGACUCUAAAACUGGAACGAUCGGCUAUCCUGUUAAUGGAGAACUGCCGGUAAAACCUAGUCGUGAUAAAAAGCCAAACAAUAGAAAUAAUUUGGACGUAAAAUAUAAAAAGAAUGAUAAUUCAUAUUCGAACUCAGUCGAUAAUCUAAAUACAAAUUCUUGUACAAUUUCAAAAGACAUUGAUAAAUGUCACAGUAAUCCUUUAGAUGUAUCAACGCCAACAUACACUCGACAACAUAAAUGA